GUUUCAUGCCGGAAGAGUUAUGCUGUUGCACCGUCCUCCACUACAAGACGUACCGGCUUAUGUUUAGGAUGUCUGCUAUAAGCAUUGUGCAAGAGGCUGCGGAUGGAGCUGUCUUGAGGUUCUGACUCUUGACUUGACUUGAGGGUCUGAAAAUCUCCAAACAUGCUGUCAGGACGUGUUGCUGCUUCCUGCCACUCUCUGAAGUGGACAUUACCUCAGUGGAAAGCCACUCUUCACAGAACUUAUAGCCCAUCAACGCCAUGGCAGUGGCUACUGGGAACUGUGGUUCACAGAGGGGCUCAUAGAUGGACUACAGCGCCAUCAUCAAGGAUAAACCAGAAGCCAGUGUUUAAAAGAGCUCCUGCAUUUGGAGAUAAACUUGCAAUCAUAGACAGCAGUGGCAGCCACAGCUACAAGCAGCUGUAUAGCAGCAGUUUAGGUCUUGCAGGUAGAAUCAGCACCGCCCUCAACUGUGACUUUGGGGGUCUGGAAGGGAAACGAAUCUCCUUCCUGUGUGCUAAUGAUGCUUCCUAUACAGUGGCACAGUGGGCUGCUUGGAUGAGUGGUGGGACGGCAGUGCCGCUUUACCGAAAACACCCUGAAUCUGAGCUGGAGUACAUCAUCUCCGACUGCCAGAGUUCACUGCUGGUGGCAGGGCAUCCCUAUGCUGAAACCCUUGAGCCACUGGCACAGAGGCUGGGGCUGCCAUGUCUCACACUGCCCCCUACUUCUAACCUGGGAACCUCAGAUGGGGCAGACAGCCAAGAGAAGGAGACAGAAGACGACAUAGACUGGGCUGAUCGACCAGCUACGAUCAUCUACACCAGUGGUACCACAGGGAGACCCAAGGGAGUUCUACAUACGCACAGAAGCAUCCAGGCCAUGGUCCAGUGUCUGGUGUCGGAGUGGGCGUGGUCUAGAGACGACGUCAUCCUCCACACCUUGCCGCUCCACCACGUGCACGGCAUCGUUAACAAGCUGCUGUGCCCGCUGUGGGUGGGCGCCACCUGCGUCAUGCUGCCUGAAUUCCAGCCUCAGAAGGUGUGGGAGAUGCUGUUGAGCUCCAAGGCUCCCCUGGUUAAUGUGUUCAUGGCCGUGCCGACCAUCUACUCUAAGCUGAUCCAGUACUAUGAUCAGCACUUCACACAGCCUCACGUCAAGGACUUUGUCAAAGCAGUCUGCAAAGAGAGGAUCAGGCUGAUGGUUUCGGGCUCGGCUGCCCUCCCUCUUCCCACUCUGCAGCGCUGGGAGGAGAUUACAGGACACACACUGCUGGAACGCUACGGCAUGACGGAGGUUGGCAUGGCACUGUCCAACCCUCUCAAGGGCUCACGCAUCCCAGGGGCCGUAGGGUUUCCACUUCCCAGUGUCGAAGUCCGGAUUGUCAUGAAUAACACAACAAACACCACAAUUGUGGAGGGCAAUCACCGCGAGACUCAGGUACGUCCAGGUCUGGAUGGAAAAGAAGGAGAGCUCCUGGUUCGAGGUCCGUCUGUCUUUAAGGAGUACUGGAACAAACCUCAAGAGACCACUGAGUCCUUCACUGAUGAUGGAUGGUUCAAAACAGGAGACACUGCGGUCUACAAAGACGGUGUGUAUUGGAUUAUGGGCCGCACCAGUGUUGACAUCAUCAAGAGUGGUGGCUACAAGAUCAGUGCACUCGAGGUGGAGCGUCACCUACUGGCUCAUCCACACAUUAUGGAUGUGGCUGUGAUUGGGGCCCCAGAUGCCACUUGGGGUCAGAAAGUCACUGCAGUGGUGCAGCUGAAGAAUGGGCAGAGGAUGACUCUGCCAGAGUUGAAGAUCUGGGCAAGGGAGCACAUGGCCCCCUACACCAUCCCCACAGGCCUGGUGCUGGUGGAGGAGAUGCCCAGGAAUCAGAUGGGCAAGGUCAACAAGAAGGAACUCCUGCGACACUUCUUCCCAUGACCGGAUCUCCUCAAUGUGUGUGUCGACAUAGAUGUUCCUGGUGAAGAACUGCAGAUGAACGCCACUUCCCCACUGUGCUUAGAUCAGACAAGUAAAGAGAGAAAUACAAUGUAAUGGAAAAACACAUCAUGGAAAAUGACUUAACCUCUGAGGUAACUUAAUCACAACUAUGAACACGGCUACAGAGUUUAUUCUAUUAUAUUGAUUGCCACUUAUGUCAAGCGUUGUUUCUCAGUUACUGUGUAAGAGAGGUCUGAAAAUCAUCCCUUUGAUACGUGAUUUAUUGAGCUAAUAUGAAACAGAACUCCACCAAGAGGAAACAAUGUGUCUCUAGUCCAAAUGUUCUGAAGUGGUAUCAGAACUAGAUGGUGAUGGUCAAAGUGGUUAAAGUUUGGACUAACCAAUAUGGGCUCAGCCAGAUUAUUAUAUAGGACAUACUUUAUACAUUUAGUAUGAAGAAAAGAACUUGGAUAAAAUAUGCGAUAUAGUCAAUAUUCCUGUUUAUGAAAUGUCUGCACCCAGAAGAACUGUACAAUAGUCUUGUCCGACAUUGAUACCUAUUCGGCAACCUAGAGUAUCUGCCGAUACCAAUCAAAGACCGUAUUUCCCUCUUUUAAACAACUAAGCUGUUAAUAACACAUUCGUAUGGAUACACUUUGCCAGACCUAGCCAUAUAAAAAGCAUCAUGCUUAAGCUGUGAAAGAAAUAUUCUACUCCCAGUGACUCAGUGAUGCCAUACUGCUGCUUCUUUUCUUAUUUAAACUUUUCCACACGUUUAGCAGCAUUUUGAAAUGGUCAGCACCAUUCAAAUGUUCAAAAUGAAAUUGGAAGUGCAAUUUUGUGUUAAUGUUUAAAUCUGAGUAUUUAGAAGACAUAAGUCCAAUGUGAAAUACUUGAUUUAACUCAACACUCAGUGUAUCCUAUACCUCAAUGACAUUUCUUGACAGAUAGUUUAGGCUAAUGGAUUGAAUCAGAUUAUACUUUUUUCCCCCUCUAUUAUCUGAUUCACUGAUUUUGGACUGAUACCAAUAGUGAGCAUCGGAUCCAUGCGUCCUUUCCAUCAACUAGAUGUUCAACUGUUCCAAUAAAAAUACACAGCAGAACCAUCAGUGAAGAUUGCUUUCAGCACUGUUAUCGAUGUAUCCUGAUGUUAUUGGUGAAAAUGGUUUGAUCAGAGAAUGCAAAUGGACAAAUUUUGUGGUAGAGCGGUGUGACCAGAAUCAAGAAGCAUACUUAAUAAAAUCGCACUAAACAAAUUUAACGACAAUGUGGUGAUAGAACAGAAGACAUAAUGAACUCUAAAUUGUGAUCAGUGAGAAAACACUGUUAAUGUGAGCUUUGUACACAUGCUGGUGCACUUGAAAUAACAGAUAAUGUUUAUCUGAAAAGUAAAAAGAUUUCAUAA